GCGGCUGAGGCGGCUGUGGCAGUAGCGGCAGCGGCGGCGACGCGUCCGGGCAGGACUGAGCCUCCCGAGGUUAGCACGCCUGGGAUGGAUAAUGGUGUGCAGGAAGGCUCGGUGCGCCUGGGAGAGGAUGCUGAAGCCGUCCUGGCCGGGGCCGUCUCCACAAAGAGAGACCACAGGCAAGUUCUCAGCUCCCUGCUCUCUGGAGCCCUGGCCGGUGCACUUGCCAAGACAGCAGUAGCCCCCCUAGACCGGACCAAGAUCAUCUUCCAAGUGUCUUCAAAAAGAUUUUCUGCCAAGGAGGCCUUCCGGCUCCUCUACUUCACCUACCUCAACGAGGGCUUCUUCAGCCUAUGGCGUGGGAACUCGGCCACCAUGGUGCGAGUGAUUCCUUACGCAGCCAUCCAGUUCAGCGCACACGAAGAAUACAAACGCAUCCUGGGCCACUACUAUGGCUUUCGUGGAGAAGCCCUGCCCCCAUGGCCACGCCUCCUGGCUGGCGCCUUGGCAGGAACCACUGCGGCUUCCCUCACAUACCCUCUGGACCUGGUCAGAGCAAGGAUGGCUGUGACGCCCAAGGAGAUGUACAGCAACAUCUUUCAUGUCUUCAUCCGCAUCUCAAGAGAGGAAGGACUGAAGACCCUUUAUUUCGGGUUCACACCUACUGUGCUGGGUGUCAUUCCCUAUGCGGGACUCAGCUUCUUUACGUACGAGUCACUGAAGAGCCUACACCGAGAGUACAGUGGUCGCCCGCAGCCCUACCCCUUUGAGCGCAUGGUCUUCGGGGCCUGUGCUGGCCUUAUCGGGCAGUCGGCCUCCUACCCUCUGGACGUGGUGCGGCGGCGCAUGCAGACAGCAGGUGUCACAGGCCACCAGCACGGCUCCAUCCUGAGCACACUACGCUCCAUUGUCCGUGAGGAGGGCCUGGUGCGGGGCCUCUACAAAGGUCUGAGCAUGAACUGGCUGAAAGGCCCGAUUGCUGUGGGGAUCAGCUUCACCACUUUCGACCUCAUGCAGAUCCUGCUGCGCCAGCUGCAGAGCUAGGCUAAGACAACCGUGGACGGUGAGCUGUCAGACCAAGGGCAUGCAGCUGUGUGCCGGCAGCAGUGCUGUGGUACUUUGAGGAUGGGCAGGAGGGCGGGACCUGGCUUGGGGCUGUGGGGCCCAUAGCGAAGUGCUGGCCCUUAGGGUGUGACAUUGUGAUGAUGGAUCUUGGCUGUCCCCUCCCUUCAGUUCCUUGCUAUUGGCUGGUGAGUCUCCUGAGGCAUCACCCAAAGGCCCCUAAUGGGUCAAGUGCACUUCCUGGCUCUGUGUCCUUUGACGUGCUGCUGACUUUAGUGCCCAUUGGCACACCAGGCUCAGAGCCCAUCCCUUCUUACCAUGACGGUGCCUGGCCUGCAGAUGUGAUGGCUGUUCCUUUAAGCCAUGCACUGGAGGGUCUCAGCUUGCUCAGUGGUGGCCGUACUUUUGUCCCUCAGUCCUCCACCACACCUGCCCACCCUCUCCCCGGUGACAAAUGGCUGCUCUUGCUCACAUAGCUUUCUCCCCAGAGCACUGUGCCCAUCCCAUUCCUGAGGGCUGCACAUGACCGUUGCCAACUGCCUGGCUUGUAACCUUUCCAGGAGGCCCCAUGGCCACCAGGCAAGGGGUCCAGUUCUAACCCACUGGAAGUGCCUAUGUGGGUGUCGUCACUCAUGGGGGGCAUCUCCCAAGGCACACCAGUCAGGCCACACGCAGGCCCAAAGCCUCUUAUAUGCACAGCAUCCAUGGAGGUGGGCUCAAGCUCUUGAGACUGCUCAAGCCAGAACUCGGGGCCUUCUGUGAGGCUCUGAUACCCAUCGGGGCUGUCAUUCAGCCAGGCCACAUGAAGCCCCAAGAUGGGUGGCUUUUCCUGUAUGAGUGAGUACAGAUAUAUCCAUGGCCGGGGUAUAGGGACUGGCAGGGUCCCCAGGGACCACCAGCCAGCUUUCUCAAGAACUCCUGGGGUUCCCUUGGUGUCACAGGAACCUAUUACCUUUUCUGGGGUCUGGGGUUCUGGAUUUAGGGUCUUUGGGACAGUCCCAGUUAUAAGCCCUGGCUAUCCUGCUCCUCAGUGUUAUCUAGGCUAGCCUCCAACUUACAGCAGUCCUCCUGCCUCUAGUUUCUAGUUUUUAACUUAUCCUGCCCCAGGUCUGCACAUACAAACCCCCUAUCCUGUGCAGUGUGGUGACCUGGGUGUUGAUUCCCACAGCCAGAUGGACGGACGGCAGCCGUCUCACAUGCAGGACCUGAGCAGGGUGGCUUGACCUCCAGGCAUGUGCAGUUCUUGCUGUGGUCCUAGCUCGUUCUGUAUUUCUUACCUUGUGCCUGUGAUGCUCGGCCAUCUCUCUGCCUCCUCGUAUGGUGAUGGGCAUCCCCACCAUGUCCCCCGGUAUCCUGGCAACCUCUGGUGGCUAGAGGGACUGUGCUCUUGUGAGUGUACUGCCCACUCUGUUCCCUGCCUGGCCCCAUAUUGGGAUGGAGAGGCUGGGCACUCCAUGCCAGGAGGCUGGAGGUGACGGAAGCUCCUGGGCCACCCCAACAGGUUGCACCAUGUAGAUGGCUCAAGCCCUGCAUCAGGCAACCGGCUGGGCAGGAGACGUGAGGGUGUCAUGGGUCCCUGAUCUUCUUGCUUCCCCAUAUACCCCCAGUAGCUCUGGCUUAGGGGCUCUCUGCCUCUGUGGCUGCCCUUCUCCAUGGUCACUGUCCAGUCUGGAGUUCUAUUUUGAUGCCAUGAAGAUACUUUGUUUAUAUAUGUUUAUAUAUUUUGAAGAUUUGUGCCAACAGAGUAUAUUUAAUAAAAAUUUAAUAACUCCUGCUUCUCA